GAAAAGAAAAAAAAAACAAACAUCAAAUCUCAACAGCCUUUUGACGUUAUCUGUUUAUAAAGAUCAUUUCAUUUUACAUGGCAGGCAUUUCCAAACAAUGGAAUUUCCCAACUGUAUUCAGUUGUCCAAAUUCGGUGCUUUCUGCCAGAUGAGAUUUUUCGGCAAGGUUUUUACAUAUAACAUUCGUUAACCUUUAAAUUUAUUAGUAUAAUUUACACUUGAAAAUAUUGCGACCCAUUUUGAUUUACAUCUACAAUGACAUUGCUGCUGGACAAAUCUUGACCGGUAAGUAAAUCGAUUUGAAUUAUUCCAAUACCCUUUCAGAACGAUUUUCCUUUCAAAAUUUUCAUUAACCCUGAAACCCGAACUCCAGACAUCCGUUCCUCCUGAGGAUCAACGAUCAGGAUAGAUUUUCAUCUCCGAUUUACCACGCGAGAAGAAAAUGGGCGACGAAGUAAAGGCUGAAAAUGCCGAAAAGACGGAAGACGAAGGCGAUCGCGAGUCGGACGCCGAUUUAUGGCGACAAUACAUGAAUCUGUACGUGAAAAAGGAACAGAAGCUAAAAAAAGAGGACAAACUCCGGCUGAGGUUACCUGCCGAUUUACCGAACCUUCCGAAUGUGGAAUCAGAGGAUGAAUUUCCCGCCAAAGGAUACCCUGUGAACGUAUUUAAUCAAGUUGAAAAACAAAUCCUACCAAACCGAUUAAAACCCGAGAACCACGUUCAGGUGUGGAAGAAAAUGAGAGAUAAUCCGCCGGUAAGUCUUGCGAGAGAAAAAUUUCAUUAAAAAACUUGGCAAAACUGAAAUUUCGAAUGUGUUUCUUUUGGAACGAACCGACUCACAGGUAGACAUGAGUUGCUUCGUUCCCGAAGACGUUCCACUGGUCUCGAAAACCGACAGUGGUCGCUGGCCCGGUGUUUGGCCUUGCAAAGAAAGAGACUCGAGUCCAGAGGCGUUGAAAGGUAAGAGAAAGUUUGGCCAACCGUGUACUGAGGUUGACUCAGAGAAUGCGUCUGCAUCCGGAGAGCCAGAAGACGAUUUUGCCAGUCACAUUGAACUCUGGCACGCAAGAAUUCCUCCGGAGUGUCCCUCGGAGAGAUCUAAUCCUCCGAUGAUAGAUAGAGCGAUAGGUUUGAACAGCAGUUUAGUCAGCGGGGAUUACAUCCUGACCGAGACGGUGUCGAAAAAAAAGGGGAACAGAGUCUACGCGACUGCGUGUUUACGCGGUCUCGUAGGAAUGCACAUUGCCGAACUUGACGCGUUAAGGGCACGAGUGAAAACAUGGAAAUGGUGUUUUUAUCAGGCGAUUAUAGCGCUUCUGGUGAAGACGCAGUUGAGGUACAAGCACGCCUGGAGUGGCAAUAUCGAUUACAUCUACGAACGAGGAUGGAAUCUCUUCACUCACAUAGGUAAUAUCAACGUGAAAACUGUUGGGUCGCAGAAAUUCGACCAAGUUGGUGCUUACAAUUACACCUAUGACAUCGAGGUGGAAUUGGUACAAGAGAUGAAAGAUAUACCAAGAACCGCGGAUGUCGCUUGGGAUUACGUCGAGUCUAAUCACGGCCGUGUAAUCGAAGUCGAAAGGAAAGAUUUGCUAAAAUUGGAGGGUAAAAUGGGAUCGGAAAAAGAAACGGAUCGACAAACAGCUCCGGUGCACAAGACGACCAAAGACAUAGAAAAGUGGUUCGACAAAUUACCUUUUCAGUAUCAGAAUUGCAUUUUAAGAACGAACAGAUAUUCUCUCGCAUUUUGGAAGGACGGACUGUUUUGGUACUUGUACAAUCCGUACAGGUGCAAUAAGUUAGGAUUUUGGGACAACACCGGCUACGCGUGUAUAGUGAAAUUCUGCAGUCGGAACGCCCUCAAAAGACACUUGAUGAUAUUGUUGCUCAGAGCCAACGUUUACAAGAUACCCGAAGCUGAGUUGAAAAACAACGAACCUCCGCAAACCAACGAGAACACGGAGGAAGACGCUGUCGCCGAUAUUCCUGCAGAAGCGGAGGAAUCAUCGAAGGAGGAGUCUAAACCGGACGUAUACACCCUCCAGAUAUUCCAAGUAAACUACAAAAAGUGUGAACUUCAGAACGCACGACUGCUCAAACGACAAGCGCCAAAACCGAUGAUGCGACCGGUAAGUACCAAAGAAAUGGAAGCUUGUCCGUACGAUCCGAUGGACUCGUCUGAUAAGGACGAAGAAAUUGAUAACGUAGAAAAUCCCGGAUGGUUGAAGCGGUUCAAAGUGACAUGGGUUCGAUGCCCCAACUCGAAAAAAAGAAUAGUGAAGGAAAGUGUCGUCACUGGAAAAUUGCGGUGGCAUCAAUUUUACGUGGAAGAACCUUACAAACUGUUUUCUUUAUGGGGUGAUAUUCACCCGACGCAGUCUUUAUUUCCGGUUAAAAAUCGAGGCAAACAGGCGUACGCGUGUUACGUCAUUUGCGCCGGUAUGACGCGAAUAACAGCGCCUGAAUACUGGAGUUCCAAGACUUUAGACGCCAUAGUAAUGUGCGGAGAUAAAUAUUACACCUUCAGUGCCAUGGAGGCUGAGUUCAAUGCGAAGAAACCGGAGUACGCUGGCGUCGUAAACUGGGAACGUUAUUUGUCAAAGAAUUUUCAAAUCGGUGAAACGAUGUUUCAGGGAAGUUUGUUGCCCGGAAUUUCGGGCAGGUUAUAUACAAAAUCGAGAAAUUCAUUGUGGGCGACCUUGCGAAACAUGUUUAUCGAGCAUCCUUUCGGUAUUGUCACAUGCGAGAGCACUUGCGUAUGCGUUUUUAAGUUUUGCGGUGCCUUUUACAUGUGCGAUGUCCACUCCACGGGUCCACCGCUCUUUCAAUAUGGCGGCGGGGCUGCUUAUCUCAUAAGAACGACAUGCUUCACGAAGUUCAUGGUAGUUCUUACCCUGACAAUUUCUUCAUCGGAGUGUAGCGAGUUCGUUGUAAACCCCAUAAAAAUUGCCAACGCCAUCGAUGUCGGACCGGUAGCGCGGUGUUCGAGAAACCUUCAAAAGAUGACCGGGUACAGAGUGUCGAAAAAAAUCGGCAAGGUCACCUGUCCGUACGAUCACAGUCGCAAGUCAGCUGGAAAAAAACCGGGAAGAAAGGCGACCAAACAGAAGAGACGCGCGACCAACAGAGACGUCUGCAAUGGUGAAGAAUCUCCUUGCGAGGCUGCCGGUUACCUCGAACCACCAACGUAACA